GCACCACCUGGGUCAGCGAGAUCGUGGACAUGACUCUGCAAGGGGGUGACCCCGAGAAGUGCAAGCGGGACGUCAUCACCAAGAGGGUGCCCAUGCUGGAAUUCCGCCCCUGGGGAGCCCCUGGGGAGAUGCCGGCAGGGACGGACCUGCUGGCCACCAUGCCCUCGCCCCGCGUGGUGAAGACCCACCUGCCCGCACACAUCCUGCCCAAAUCCUUCUGGGAAAACCGCUGCAAGAUGAUCUACGUGGGGCGCAACGCCAAGGACGUGGCCGUCUCCUUCUACCACUUUGACCUGAUGAACAAGUUCCAGCAGCACCCGGGGACGUGGGCCCAGUACCUGGAAGAGUUCAUGGCCGGCAGAG